AUGUGUGUGAAGGUCCUGGACUACCCAGGUGAGAAGACCCCUCUUUUGGCCUCGCUGAGGGGUCCAAAGGAAAGCAGAGCACUGAGGCAGGCUGCAGAAGAGCUACCUCCUGUGGUUGGCAUAUUUUUUAUCACAGGGAUUUAUCAUAGAAUCAUAGAGUUGGAAGGGACCCUGAGGGUCAUCCAGUCCAACCCCCUGCAAUGCAGGAAUAGGCAGCUGUCCCAGACGGGGAUCAAACCUGCAACCUUGGCGCCGUCAGCACCACACACUAACCAACUGAGCUAUCCAAUCACGUUUCCAAAGUUGGGAAUUAUUCAUCAGCCUCUGCAAAUGCUCCAGAAGAGUACAAAAAGUCAAAUCUUAUUUAGAACAGGAUGA